CCCGUGUAACCGCGCCCUUAAUGUAAUAUAUUUGAUUGAAAACGAUGUAAUAAAGAUAUUCAAAUAAGAAAAAAUUACACAAUGGCUGUUGGCUUAAGCUGUAGGCCACAUAGCACAUAAAAAAAAAACUUUAUAUAAAUUUUUGCCGGCUGUGAUAAUUACUUGUUUUAAUUAAUUUUAUUUAUCUUUCGUUUUAAUUAAUUGGGAUUGUUUGCCGAAUUAAUAAGUACUCAUGUGGCUUACAGUACUAUGUAUGGUUAAUUAUUUUGUUAUAAUAGAAAAUAAACUGUUUUGCAGAGACGAAAACAAUAAUAUUGUUGAUUGGUAAGGAACACAUUUUGAUAUUUAAACUUACAGGAUGAGCUAAAAUGAUGUGUGCUCUUUCGGAAAAUCAUAAAAAUGAAAUAUUGCUGCUUAUUGAUUUGAAAAUUCUUUUAAUCAUUAGAUAAUUUCUGGAAAUUUGUUUCUGUUUUAACAAAUAAUCCGUAUUGGUUUAUUGCAGGUGUAAUUGCUAGUAGUAGCAGCUUGCAUGUACCUACUUAUAAUGACACCUACCGCACAGCAAAAACGUUGGUGCUUGCUUCAAUUAGCAAAAAAGAUGUCAUUGUUGUGCAGCAUGAAUACAGCACAAAUUUAGACUAUUCAUUUAGACGUGUUACAAUAUGUUAGAAGAGAGAGUGUGCAUUUUCAAAGUCAAGAUUAGUGUUUGAUCCUCUGCCCAAGGAGGAUGUGGACUGUGUUUGAUUAUCAUUUUGGAUAGAUUCUCCAAAUAAUGGUAUCUAAAAAAUAGCGUAAAAAUUUGCAUUAGAAACCAUAUGGACUCCAGUUAGUCCAGACACCUAAACAGGAUGAUUGUGGUGCAUGGUAUGCAUUCUGCUGUGAAGUGUUAAUGAGGAUUGACAGCAACAAAAACCUGCCUGUGAGAUUAAUUUUGAGUGACGAGACCACAUUGCACAUAAAUGGCAAAGUGAAUAGGCAGAAUGCUGUUUUCUUAGGAACAGAAAAUCCUCAUCUUACCAUAGAUCGUAAGAGAGAUUCCCUGAUAAUUAACGUGUUCUGUGCCAUGUUGAGGGAGAAGAUUUAAGGGCCCUCCUUUAUCAUAAAAAAAAAAAAAACUCUCAGGUCAUUCCCAUAUUGAUGUUUACCUUGAGGCUUCAGCCUCAAUUGGGAGAAGAAUCAGACAAUUUAAUCUUCUAAAAGAUGGUUUACCAUCUCACUUCCAUUUAGCAGGAUGGAAAUACCUAAACACACAUCUCCCUGUGAGAUGAAUUGGCUGUGCACAUGCAGAUUUUGAUGAUGAGGUUUGUGGCCUACAAGUUGCCUCUCAUCAAGGAGCACAGCAACAAACUUGUCCAGGAAGGAGUGGCGUACUGCUACAUCACCUCGAAAGAUGUUGCUGCUGGAUGGAUGCUUUCUGAGCGAUCCAUCAACGAUUCACUAUCAAUCACUGGGCAGACCUUGCUACCAUUGUAUGCUAACAAGAGCUCUGUUGCCACUGGUGGUCAGCCGGACCUGCUGUGGAUGCUGUACAAUGACCAGCCGCCCUCUGGGAACAUCUCUGUCGACAAGGGCCACACCAAGGGUGUGGUGAUGUGUGGGCCGGACGGAGGCGUGUGGUUGGUGCACAGCGUGCCGCACUACCCCCCGACCCGCGGAACAGGACCCGCGGGCUACAGUUACCCUCACUCCGGGCUCCACUAUGGUCAGAGCUUCCUCUGUCUCAGCCUCAGCUUGCAGCAAAUGGAUCUCGUAGGUUUGCAGCUAAUGUAUAACGAGCCUCAAGUGUACAACUUCUCUCUGGCGCCACACCUGCCCGUGCCACACCUUCUGGCCGCGGCCGAGGGUGGGACGGUGGCGCACCCUCCGUGGUUCCACCAGCAAGUCUUGUCCACCCAGCAAGGACUCCAGUUCACUUCUUUUGCUAAGACUUCCCAGUUUCACAAAGAUCUGUACGCGGACUGGGUCGCGAUGGCCCUGCAGUCGGACCUGGUGGUGGAGUCGUGGCUCAACGGAAAGAAUCCUCUCCCGCCUAGCUGCGCUCGGCCGUACACAGUUCAGAAUGUUGUGUCUGUGGAUAUGAAUGUGGCCAAUGCCAACUUCAGCAUCCACCGCGACCAUUCCAAAUGGGCCGUGUCCACAAAUGGUACAGGAAAAACAUGGGUGUGUGUGGGUGACAUCAACAGAAUGGCGAGUCAGUCGACGCGAGGCGGAGGCACAGUGUGCGUUCAGGAUCACCGCCUGUGGGCGGCGUACAGCGGGGUUGUAGCCGGGAUCACGCCCUGCUCACGCAGCUCCAUGCAGCCUGCACAAGUGCUCUUUGUUGGGUUGUAACACUGCAACAAUGUGUACACAUGUCCCAAUACAGACAUUUCAUUGAUUA